GGAAGGGAUUUAAUUACACACAAUAGUGAUGCGCAGCGACGUUGAGUCACGUCACGGGAAAUAUUUUUACACGCUUGACUGGAUUACACACUUUAAGACGAAAUGGAACACUGACAUAAUGUAGCACUUUGUUCCGCUGGCUGUCGUUGUCAGCUUCGAUUAAUGAGCAUCCAAUUUAAAAAAAAAAAAACAACAACAACAACAACAACAAAAACCAUUUAUUUCAAGGCCGUAUAAACAUGAGGUUUGCGUAUGUUGCAGAUAUUAGAGUGAAGUGGAGGCCCAAAGCAAAUAAAGAAGACAUACUGUGAUUUUUUUCACGAUUUAACACCUACCAUAUAUUUUUAAUAAUCGAAUGGCAAUGACCUAUGGGAUCCCUCAAGGGUCAGUUCUUGGACCCCUCCUGUUCAGCGUGUAUAUGCUACCCUUGGGUCAAAUUCUUCAGAGCUUUAAUUUUGACUAUCAUAGCUAUGCAAAUGACACACAUUUAUAUCUGGCAGUGUCUCCACGUGGCUACAGUUCAAUUGAGGUGUCGUGUCACUGUCUAAAACAUAAAUAACUGGAUGAGCCAAAAUGUUCUUCAAUUAAACCACAACAAAACGGAGAUAAUUGUUUUUGGCAAUAAAGAAAAGAGAAUUGCUGUUAGUAAAUACCUGGAGUCACUCUCUUUAAAAACCAAAGACCAAGUCCGAAACCAUGGUGUUCUGAGAGAUUCCGACCUGACUUUCAACAGUCAUAUCAAAUCAAUUACUAAAACUGCCUUCUACCAUCUGAAGAACAUAUCCAGAGUGAAGGCUUGCAUGUGUCAAGCAGACCAGGAGAAGGUCAUCCAUGCUUUUAUCUCAAGUAGACUUGACUAUUGUAAUGGUCUUCUGACUGGACUCCCUAAAAAGAGCAUUAAACAACUGCAGCUCAUUCAGAAUGCUGCAGCGACAGACUCGGGUCAAAUAGUGGAGCACAGAGUCCAAAGCAAACAUGGUGAAGCAGCAUUUAGCUAUUAUGCUGCACACAAAUGGAAUAAAUUGCCAACAGAAGUGACGUCAGCCCCAAUUGUGAAUGUUUUUAAAUCCAGUACCCAGGCCAGGAUGCUCCACCUCCCAUACAGCAGUCUGGAACGGGAUCGGCCCCUAAUCCGGCUUUCCUACACCAUCUUCGUCAUAGGGAUGGUUCUUCUCCCUGUGGCUGGCCUACUUUUGUCCCUGUUCAUUUCUAUCAUAUACCACUUUGAAGAUGUCAACUACACGCACUGUCAUGUGUCCAACUACCUCCCGUCCAUCAGUGCUGCCAUCAGCCACGUGCCGGAGCUCUACAUCUGGCGCUUCUGCAUCGGGCUGCACUCAGCGCCACGGUUCCUGUUGGCUGCCACGUAUUUCAGUUUCUACCGAAAUCGCUUUGCCGCCAGGCUUCCGGAGCUGCUCCUGAGCUGGCUGGCGUUCGUGUGCAACCUGUCUGAAAACUGUGCCCUGCUGCUCCUCACCUAUGUAGCGUCCACAGAGAUCUACACUGUUCACAAAGGCGGCUUCCUGACGUUCAUUGUGAGCUCACAACUGUACAUGCUUAUUACAUGCAGAUUGUGGUAUUUGAUCAAGACACACUAUGUGAACCAAGAGGAGCUGAGGUCGUACAGGUGGAAGGUGCGCCUGCUCCUCUUCAACUUGAGCUGCUGUGUGGCUGCCGCGUACUUCUUCAGACGCCACAACAUACACUGUGAGGCCGGAGUCUACACGCUGUUUGCUUUCUUCGAGUACCUGGUGGUCUUCUCCAACAUGGCCUUCCAUACCACGUCGAUCUUGGACUUUGGGAAAGAAUUUGUGGUGGUGGCCAUACUGCCUGAAGACAAAAAAUACUGAAAACCACAGGACGCAGUUUAAAUUCUGUUUAAGUUUACCGUAGUUGUCGGGUGUGCUAAAAGUGAUUGUUCCUCCCCUCAAUGUUUAAGAUCGCCAAUCUUUAUGUGAGUGGUCAACACUGAGUUGGACCUGGGAAGAAUUUGCCACCACAAUGUAGUUACCAGUUAAGCUAACUGUUAGCCUAGCUUCUUCAGUUUUUUUUUUCUUCUACUACCACUUGUUUUUCUUUGUAUUUUCUGGAAGUCUGGAUGCCCUGUGGCACUGUGCUGCCUCUCACAGGCCAGUCUUGGUACUACAGCAGACAUCAAUGUAUGUGUGGCGUGCCGUUGAACGUGUUAGUUUCUAUGAUGUCUCCUUUUUUAAAAAUGGUUACGAUGAUGUUUUGUAAUCUUAAAGAGCCCAUAAAAAGUCUAGAACCACAGUGAUGUGAACAGUCAGUGUCGCGUUGAAAUCUGAUCAAAUGUUUUUUACAGUUAUAUGACCACAGAUCAGGUAUGCGAGAGCUUUUCCCCAUCAGGCGCCACUUCAGUUUUUAUUGUCAUCCUAGGGCCUUUAUAAACAUGUGUGUAUACACACACACCUUGCCCAUGAAGUCUUUUUACACUUUCCAGUGGAUGUCUUUCGGAGUCUGUAUCCAUUUCUAUUUUUUUAAAUAAACCACAAUACUUUGUGCCUUUUGAUAAGGAACAACCAUUUAUCGGGGUUUAUUGAACAUAUAUUUUCAAUUGCUUUUGUAAUACGUUUUCAAUAUUAAAGAGACUUGGUGGACACCCUGUAUCACGCAAAGAUCAAACAAAUAUUUAUUCUGAUAUAUUAUGGGUAUUUUCGGUCAUUUUGUAACAGCAGUUAGUUUUAUAACUACAUGGCGGGCCUUAGGUUCCUCUGACAGCUCGACGACGGCUUGAAAGAAAGGGAAAGAGUCUACAGACAGGAAGAGGAAACGGCUUCCCGCCUCCGAGGAGUCGCCGCGGCGGAAAAGGUGACAUCCGUAAACGUAGGAGAAUUCAUGCCAUCUCCGGUCGGCUCUUCCUCCCCAAAGGCCUCUGCAGGAACUCUUGUUGUUUGUCAUUUUUCACAAUCAAAGAGAUUCUGAGACAAUGUUUCACCGGAAACAUUUCAUUUCAACUUCAAACGUAUAAGUAUAUGUAUUUCAUCUCAGGGAAUAAAUUUCAGGGCACUAUUGAAAGACUUUCUUCACUUGUGAUCACCCACCCCCCAAUCUAUUAUUACUGUAUAGUCUUUAUUUCCAUAGAAAAAUAUAUUACAAAAGAUCGGAUUUUGUGAAAAUGUUCAUACAUUUCUCAAUAUUUACUGAUAGGAGAAAAUCAUACAGUUCUGCUGGCUCAUUUUGAGGUGGGUGGGGUCAAUUUUGAAGACCCACUUAAAUUACCUGAUAUAGAAUUAAUAUUUUUAUUUCCAGUCAUUAUUUAUAAUUCCACCCAUCCAUUUUGUAUUGCGCUUGUCAUGUGUUGAGCUGGAGGCUAAACCAGUCUACUAAGGUCGAAAGGCGGGUUACACCAUGGACUGGUCGCCAGCCAAUCUCAGGCCAUAUAUAGACAAAUCACAAAAAAAAAAAUCCUAAUCACAUUUUUAAAAGAUAAAAACAAGUCUCUUAAGCACAAAUGAGACCUGUUCAGUCCAGUCGGUGUUUUGGUUCUUAGAGCAGCACGCAAGGCCUCU